AUGAGUUUAAAAACUGAUCUGAAUUAUAAUCGAACACUUGUAUUAACAAAACCACCAAAUUUACCUGUUGAUCAAAAACCAUUUACACCAGAAGAUAUAAAUGAUCCAUUUCAAGUACAAAAGAAAAAUAUUCGCACAGCCGCACUCAUCGUUUGUACAUUUACAUAUUUAAUUAUUGGAGCAUGUGUAUUCGAUGCACUAGAAGAUGCACCAUCAAUAGAUCGAAAGCGUCAUUUUGAACGGAAAUUUGCUCAAUUUAGACUUGAUCACAAUAUGACCAAUGAAACAUUUCGUCAAUUAGCAGAUUUAAUUGUGAAUAAAACCAUUCUUCGUCAUAAAUGGCAAUUUUAUGAUAGUUUCUAUUUUUCAACUGUUGUUUUGGCUCUAAUUGGUUAUGGUCAUCGAACAUUAAUAACAAAACGUGCAAAAAUAUUUUGUAUUUUAUAUGCAAUGUUAGGUAUACCCAUGUGGUUAAUUACAUUUCAAUCAGCAGGUGAAAGAUUAAAUUCUUUAUUAAGUUAUAUACUUUCAAAAAUCAAACAAUCACUUCGUAUGAAAAAAACGAAAAUAACUGAUGGAGAAUUACUUAUUAUGGAAUCAUUUUUAACUAUUGUCAUACUUCUAAUUGGUGCAUGUGUUUUUUCUAAAUUUGAAAAUUGGUCAUUUUUUGAUUCUUUUUAUUAUGGUUUUAUAACAUUGACAACGAUUGGUUUUGGUGAUUAUGUUACUCUCCAAAAAACGGGCAACGAUAGAACAUUUAUUCGUCAUGUUAAAUACUUUUCUUUCUGUAUGGGAUUUAUAUUUUUUGGUUUAACUGUUGUAGCAUCAUUGAUGAAUUUACUUGUUAUACGUAUUGUUGCAUUUUAUUCUCAAGAACGUUUACUUGAAAAACUUCGAGAAGAAGAAGCAGCUAGUCAUGCUGUACUUCUUAAAGGCGAUGUUAUUUGUUCAACAAAUAUAAAUAAACAACGAUCAACAACAGCAUCGCUAGUAUCUGGAAGAACACCAAAUCAACAACAAAUAUUAAUACAUUCAAGUCAAACAUCUGUUUGUUCUUGUACUUGUAUGGAAACAUUUAGUGAUUGGAAACAAGCGAGAAAAAAACGUGCUAAAUGGAAAAAACAAAAUCGUGAAGAAAGAAACAAAACAAUGAGAGCAUAUGACUCACCUAACUCGGUUCAAGUUAGUUUUGCUGUAAGACGAUGUUCAGUAUGA